GCGGACUUAAAACUGCCGACUGAAUGAUUAUGAAAACACUCCCGCCAAUGUACCGAAGCUCACACCGUUGGAACAGUGUUUUUUUUCUAACCUUUUUACUCGUCAAACCACGUCACGCCAUUCACGCGCGAGGGAGCAGUGAGUCGCCACACGGGUGGGCGGCGGAGGUGGAGGUACUGUUGGCUACGACGGAGGCAGCAACACCUUAACCUUCUGAAACGCAGUUUGUUCCAGGACGCGCUCGCUGCUGCUGCUUUUUCGGGGUUGUUAGUCAGGCGUGAUGUGUUGUGAUUUUCGUGCGUGGACGCUCUGCGGUGACAACUGACAGGAUAGUGCUGCAACACACCCGCUGGCCACACUGGAGGUAGCGCCAGUGGAAAUGUCAGCGAGCCUACGCAGCUGCCAUCUGGGUACACAAUGCAUUUUGUCAGCUCAAGCCCAAAGGACAAGAUCCGUCUUUGCUGGAUGAACAAGCUCAACGGAGUGUUUUUUCUUCAAACCAUCACCUCCAACUCUUUCACUGGUAUAUUGGGAACUAUUCAGCCAUCUUCUCCUCCCCCCUGACUUCUCUGAUGGACCAGAGAAUGAAGGGGGGCACCCCUCUAAUGACAGACUCCACUCUGGAUGCCUCCCCAGCACCUGAGGAUUUUGAGCAGGACCAAGAGAAAAGAAAGCGUCUCGAGACGGAGGAUUCGGACGUGGGGAAGAAGGAAGACAGACGAGGGAAGAAGAGGGAAGGGGACAAGGGGGCGGUGCUGGAGUUGCUCAUUGAGGGGCGCUGUGGGGGUACUGGGCAGCAACAGCUUCAGAUAUGUAGCAGAGAGACCAGCUGCCCUGACGGGAAUGUGCGACUCCGCAUCGGAGUGCAAGCCAAGCGCACCAAGAAGCCGCCCAAGAUUUUGGAAAGCUACGUUUGCAAACCCACCAUCAGAACCUAUCAGAGGCAGCAGGGCCGAGGGGGGGCGCUGCCAACCAGAACUGCCACCAACCCUGACGACGGGAGCAGAGAGAACCGCUCAGGCUCGAAUGGCGUCCAAACCACAUGCAAACAAACGGCAUCUGCCACUUUGCCGUCAUUAUCAACACCACCAUCAUCAUCAGCGGCGCAAUCUUCAACACCAGAAAAUGCUAUCGUUUCCACAAUAGCCUCAGCCAUCGCCAACCCAGGGACCAAGUCUGCCAAACAGGUUCCUCUCAAACUGGAUGGUAACGCAGUGGUGACGUCCGCUGGAUCAUCGGAGAGAGGGAAGAAAGAGAAGACUCUAGGUGUCCAUGAGCAGCCGCUCCCUGCAGUUCUGAAACCGUGCUCACCCACCGCCCAUCAGGAAGCAUCAGCUACCCCCUUGAGGCUGUGCACCGAAACGCUGCCUGAAAGGGAAAUCAACAAGAAACACAAUGGUGUGGUGCAGACCAAGAAACAGAAGGGACUUUCGAACGGGAAAUGCUCUGAGGACAAACUUGGAGAUACACAAUCAAUCAAAACUGCAAAACACAUCAACUCUGUUUCUUCUGUGGACGCCAUACCUCCGUGUUCUUCUAAAACAGAGCUUUGCGUGGCGCAAAAGAGUAACUCCUCCUCUGUUACCGCUAAAUCUAAAUCCUCCCCUACUCUGGAUAUGUCUCCUGCACAGGUUCAGGAAGCUUCAUUGAAGCGCUUAAAUGACAAAAAGAGAGAUAAAGAGCGGAAGGUAAAGAAGGAGAAACGAAAAGAGAGAAAGGCAAAGGGAGAGGGACUGGAAACAGAGAGAGUAAAGAGUGAUAAGAGAAAAGAAGAAUUCAUAAAGAAGAAAAAAGACAAAGGAAAGGAUGGCAAAUUGCGACAGGGUAAAGACCAUAAAAGUAGUGAUGAACUGAAGACUGGAAAAAAGACUGAGAAAAACAAGAUCAACACAGAGAAACACAGAAAAGAAGACACUAACUUGGGCGGCAUGAGUAAAUUAGAUAAACCAUAUAAAGUAGCAGACCAAGGGAGAUCUGAAGAGGGGAGCAUGAGAGAUCAUAUCAAACAAGCUGAGCUGCAAGCAACGUCUGCUGACAGCAUUAAGUCAAAAGACAAUGAAAUUGUCAGGUAUUCAACAGUGCCGCCAAAACAUCCAGCGUCAUAUUCUACCCUGCCCCCUCUUUCUCCACCAUCCUCCAACCAAGAGCAGGACAGCAGGCCGCUUAAGAAACGUAAAGCUCGAAGGCCCAGCUGGACAAAGCUGGUGCACCGGACUCAGAGGGUGGAAAAUCAGGAAGCAGAUUCUCAACAGAGUUUCUCUCAAAAGUUGUCUAUUCACUCACCUCCCUCUUGCUCCCCGUCCUCCUCCAUAACAAAACCAUCAUCUCCGAAACAGAACCCCAUCAUAUCAGAUCUGAAACCGUCUGCUUCCACAAGCCCUUCCACUCCAGGCCGAAAAAGGGGCCGCCCCAAGUCACAUACCAUAAUCUUUAAUGAACCUCUUCUGAGACUUUCCCCCGAGGAGGUUGCCUUUCUGGAGUGUGACGACGUUCAGAAAAGCCCUGUGCUGGACUCGAGCCCGAAGAAGCGCGGCCGUCCUCGCAAGCAAUCACUGAAUCAAACAGACAUCACAGAUAAGAACAUAAAUCCUCCUCCUCCUGAAAAGGGAAACAGGCAGCUAAAAAUCAGGAGGCUGAUUAAUGAAAUGAAGAAAAGGAAGAAGAAGAGACUUCACAAGGUAAUGACAUCUGGCAAUGUAGGAAAGGAGAGCAAGAGGGUUAAAGGUGUCAAGAGUUCUCAGAGAACAUACAAGUCCAUUGAACCGCCGACUGUGCCCACGCUUUCUGACUUGUCGUCCUCCUUUGGGACCAAGCUGGGCCCUCAGAUCAAUGUGAGCAAGAGAGGAACCAUUUACAUGGGCAAGAGGAGAGGGCGCAAGCCCAAAUCCCAAACAGCUCGUCUGAAUUCCCACAGCUACACUCAAGCGUCAUUGUUUGGCCAGCCCACUGAAACAUCUCUCUUCAUGUCCAACCAGCUCCAGGCUCCUGCAGCCCACCCAUUUCCCUCCCCGUCCCUUACACACUCCAGUGGGGCCCAGAGCCCUUACAGUGAAGGAAGUGUUACAGAGCCAACAUCGACUUUGCUUUUUCCUCCCCCGUUCUCCCUCCCGUCCCCGUCGUCCUCCUGCACUUCACCCCGUCCGCCGUCCUGCUCCUCCCUCUCCCCCUUUGUGAAGAAAAGUUGUCCAUGCCAGGGCAGGCACCACUUUCCCUUUCACCAGUCAUCAUGUAAGCUCUCCUCUCCCAAUGGUCCACUCCAUCCCACGCCCGGCUCACCUGGCCACCUGAAAGACGCUACCCCCUCACCUAGGAGUGAAUCGCACAGUGAAGAGACGUUGCCCAGUGAUAGCGGGAUUGGAACCGAUAACAACAGUGUCUGCGAGCGAGUGGAAAUGAGGGGUGCUAGAGGCAUGCUCAGGUUGGGUCAAGGGUCUGGAGGGAUUCUCGGGGGUCCAAAACUAUCCUCUCUUGCGGACCCUCUUCUCACCAGACACAAGAACCCGAUUGGCAACUCAACCUCCGUAGAGCGGCACCGACAUCGGCACAGGCGGCGGGAUUACAACUGCCCCUCUUCUUGUAGUUGCCUGUGUCCCUGCCCUGGACACAACAAGUGCACUCAUUCAGAUUACUUCCCUUGCAUUGGUCACAACAUACUGAAGAGACAGAAAAACAAACAUAAAAAGAAACACCAGCAACUGCUAAUGCAGGAUCCAGAGUUUCUAUCUGAACUGGAAGAGCUCAUCGGUCAAUUCAGUGAAGUUCACAUCGGUCGGCGAGGCUGGGCCAGGUCGGAGCCGGGGCAGGCUUUUGAUGGGGGCAGGCGCCACCACUCCUCGCAUUCUCACCGCUCCAAUAUCUUCAAAAUCAAUCUGAAUGGCUUCUAUUCACCUCACCCUCCGUCUUACGCUGCUAAUUCCUCCUUCUCCCCUCAGGCUCUCUACCCCUGCCAGACGUUGCAUUGUAACAGAAAACCGGAACGAAGGCAGUGUGGCUGUCCAUCAAAGUUCCAGGAGACCAUUGACAACAUGGGCUUCUACAGCAGCUAUCCACCAGCCACAACGCUUUACCACCACCUUCCCGGCUCAUACCCACUUCCCUCUCCUCACCACUAUGCCUCGCAACAGCCCCACCAUACCCACAUUCUUCUAAACCCCGCCAGGUUUCACAGGCGGCGGAGCAGGCUGCUGAGGGAGGGCGCUCUCGGAGGGGAGAUUGAAGGGAAUGGAGGAAGCCUCAAUUUAGGGUAUACGUCAAGCCUCUCGUGUGACUGUGGUCACAAACAUAAACACAGACAAAGGCUCUGCCAACGCAACGUUGAAGACGAGGCAAUGUUACAUGAGCAUGAGGAGCAGGAGGAUGUGGUGGCGAGAGAGGCUUUCUCCACUUCAAAGUCAAGGUUCAUUUUGGGGCAAGGAGGAGGGCGGAAGGGCACAAGAGGAAUGGGGGGCGUGCUGUCCAAAGAGUCACCUUGGUUACGUGAGAAUGCAAAUAAUUCGUUCUCUGCUGCCACAUCAUCAUCUUUGGCAGAAAGAUCAAAACAUGCAUCUCUCUUCUCUGUGGGGCUGGGCUCCUCUCACUUGUCUUCGUUCGGAGGGGGCUGGGGCGGCCUGGGCCAGAGUUGGACCAAACUUCAGGGUGCGGGGUUCCCAAACAACAGCUGGGGAUCCUCUGCUGGACGCACAGGCCCGAUGAUUCCCUCUGACCCGGAGGAUGACGACAGCGAAGACAUUCAUCUACCCCAUCCAAGCAGGACGCCCCCGUCGCCGACGCACACCAACCUGUUCACGUCGAUUGGCGUGCCAACGGGGGGUCAUGGCUUGAAGAGCGGGUUGGCCAGUCGGAAUCCUGGAAGUGGAGAGAGGUCAUGGAGGACGGACGAGCCAGCUUGGACAGAGAGGAGAGAAGCAGCUUUACAAGGUGACCCAAGAAGCCGCGGGCAGCUCAAAGGUGUGACAAAGACACACGCCGCUGAUGGGAAAAACAAAAGACGACCCGGUCGACCCAGGAAACGGCCUCUGCCCUCCACUUUGCCUUCCUCUGUGUCGUCACCCGACCUUCUGCGAGGGCGCAGCAAUAAUAACGUAGGCUGGAGAGUGGGGUUGGACCAAGAUGUGGCGGGUGUCGGCUCGGUGCCGCAGGCGACAGAUUCGGAGCUGCAGGCCAAGAGGAAGCGAGGACGGAAGAGAAAACAUGACGCUUCUCCCUGCCAUCAGAGUGUCGCCGAGGACGAGCUGUUGUCCUGCGACACGCCCGCCGAACGUUCCGGCCAAUCGGCCGCCGAGCAGCCCGCAUCCCAACCAGCCGAUGUCCAAAGAGACAGGAGCGAAGACGGUCCUGCCAGGAAAACGUUUUUGAGGGCCGGUCUUUACUCUGAUGAUUACAAAACGAUAGAUCCCCCCUCCCAGUCGCAGCUCUCCUCCAGAGCGAGCGCAGAGUACCAACCAGGUGAGCGGGACUACAGCCUUUUACCAGCACCCAUUCAUGUUGGGAAGUACUUGAGGAUGAAGAGAAUACAUUUCCAGUUACCCUAUGAUGUCAUGUGGCUUUGGCAGCACAAUCAGCUUCAGAGGCAACCUGCUUUCCCGCUGAAGAGGAAACGGCGCUACUGCCGACUGAAGGAGAGGACAUUUCCCUCCCAGCACACUGCGGAGGAGAGCUCGAGUGACUUGGCCAGCCUCUUUCCUCACCUCGACAUGGACCCUUUGAGCAACAGUGAGCGGAGCUUCGUGGUGACACAUCGCGUGUUCCUGGUGAGGAACUGGGAACUGGUGAGGGAGCGACAGAUCCGACUGAGGAUGGAGGGGAGGCGAGAGGGGGACAGCGAGGCGGAGGAGAGGGACUGGCGUGUCGUGUGCGGGGACGGAGCCAGUGGGGACGAUAGCCACAUCAAGUCAGAUAUACCAGUGGGGGUGGUGGAGGUGACUAUUUCCAGCAGUGACCCCCACCCGGGCGGUCACGACACCCCCCACUCGCUCACCGCGAGCCCCCGCCCCACAGAGAGCCAGAACAGAGAAGAAGAUGAUGAAGAUGAUGAUGAGGAGGAGGGCGAGGAAGGCAAAGUGGGAGAAUGCAGCAGAGAGCAGAGGAGAAAGCGGCUGAACGAUUUACUUUUGACCCUGCAGCAUUCAUAAGCUAACACACCCAUAAAGGAAGGAGCACUCAAGAGGAAAAGGGACCAGGCUCGCCGCAGGACACGGGCAGGUGCUGCUUUUGAAUCGGAAAACAACAACAACAACAACAACACGGCAGAGAGGAGUGAGGAGGAGAAUUUCAAACCACGAGAAAGACAUCACUGCGCGCUCUGACAGCCACUGAACCGAGCGCGCUGAAGGGCAUCACACCAAGGAUGAAACCAUGGCAACACAUCUUUUGUCCUGGGAUGAAAGAGAGAGAAAAAAAAGAGAGCGUGAUUGCGAGAUGAGGGAGGAUCAACUGAAACAGACCAGCUGAAAUUAAUUUGCACUAGUGCCCGAGCACAGUAAAGACACUAAACAAGUGUGUGUGCCCCCCCCCAGAAAAAACAACAACACACACUUGGAUUGCUCCUCCUUGGGCACCUUAAAGCAAACUGGGGAAGGAACACAGACCCAUGGUAGGUUCUUGGGCUUCGGGCGGGGAGUGCUAACCUUUUGGAAAAGGGAGGAAGCGCUUCAGCUCUAAAAGCACUUGUUUGGCUUUUCUUCACGUGACAAGCCAGUGAAUAGGAAAAUAAAGGGGGGGGGGGUCGGAAUGAUUAGAGGAAUUUUGGCACUGCUGCAAAAGAAUUUCUAAUAAGGUUUUAAGAAAGAUGUUAUUUUUUGCGUGCUAAAGAAAUCUACGAACACUAGGAAUGUUUAUUGUGAACUAUUUUCUUCAAGUAUCGCUUCCUGGGAAGAAGGGAGGGUCAAAUUUGUCUUCGUGUACUUCAGACUGCCUUUGAGAAUGUUUCAUUGACAAUCAGAAUGUCCCAAGCUGUUUUAAACAACAACAACAAAAAGAAAAAGAUGGCAAACAUGAAAUGCUAAGUAGAAGUGCCAUGCUGUCUUGUGUCCAAGCAAUAUCUCUCCUAAUAAGCACUAUAUGAUACAUUAUCACAUCAUGUUAAAUUAGUAAUUUUUGUGUACAGAUUGUUCAUAGGUUGUUCUCACUUUAUGGGUAUUUGCUCAGUAUGUACAAUACAUAACAUUUAGUUUUAUGUACAUAACAAUACUAUAUGACUUACACACAAGAGUUAAUCAUCCGAGUUUUUUUUUUUUUUUUUUUUACAGCUGACCAAUACAUUAGACUAUGAUUGUAUACCUUUUUUAUUUGUAAUGUUUUUUUUAACAAGCAUGGUUUUAUUGGUCAGUGAUUUUUAAGUUUUGUGGCUUAAAAAAAAAGCCAAGAAAGUGCAAUUUCUUUGACUGUUUACAUACCCUACAUAUAUACCCCCCCCCUCCCCUCUUUCAUCUUUUUUUUUUUUUUUAAAGUGCAUCGCUGCAAGUGUAUUAUAAACUUUAUAGCAAAGGUACAUUUAAAAAGAGUUAUCUAGUUUGCAUGACUUGUAACCUUUGCCUGUUGCCUCUAACGAUGUGCAUCUGGGGGGAAAAAAAGAAAGAAAAAAACGUCAUAGAAAGUACGAUCAGAUUUGUAUUUUGUUUUUGCUUAUAUAUCUAAUAAUAAAAAGCAUUUUAUGUCUACCAACUGAAAACCCUGCCAACUCUCUUGGUGUAUGGGUUAACACCAUGCAAUGGCUCGACGGGGAAAGAUUCCAUUUCGGCCUAACAGCGGCACCUAGCGGUGUUUACGUUGCUUGGGCAGUGUUUGUCCUCCAUAAUGACCCAUAAUAAGAGGAUGUGUGAUCAUAGCUGUAAGGUGUGGGGGAGGGCUGCGGAUCGCUCUCGGGAAUCGUUUCUCCUCUUCUGCCCUUCAAAAACAACCAUGGCCACUAUUUAUAGCGCAGAACCCUCCCGAGGACAUUUCAAAGGGCGUUGUGUUUUCCAAGCGUCCUCUCGUCUUCGAAAGCACCGGCUUAGUGACGAAACAGAUACAAUAUCGUCGUUUGGAAGCCGGAGGAGGCAAAAUAUUUGUUUGUAAAAAAAAAAAAAAAAAAAAAUGGGUGGAAAUGUUCGACGCUUUUAAAAACGACGGCGCUCCAGUUACCACCGUGACAGGCUGUGCGCAUGCGCGUAAAUGUCGCCGUCAAAACAGCUUUGGCGGGAGACAACUUUAGAUUUUAUGCUGAGGGCGCCUCUCCCAAAAAGAAUGAACGUCGCAGUCGUCGAAAAAAGACCGCACAGUGACGUCCUAUGUGACGCAAUAGAACGCGUUAACCACUGUACAGUAUUUGCAAAAUGACCAUAGGGGUAAAGAAGGCGAGGAGCGUACCGCCCCCCUAUAAAAAAAAAAAACUAUUAUUAUUAUUACAAAAAUAAUAACAAAAUAAGCAGAGGCAAUAUUUUAAACUCCCCUCUUGCACAGCAAAACGGCUACAGCACGAAAGGAAUACAGAGCCACCAUUCUGCAUGGCAAUGCAGCUGAACAGGACAGGUUUAUAAAUUAAAAAAAAAAAAAAAGGAAUAUCCAUCCAUCCAUCCAUUUUCUGUACCGCUUCAUCCUCACAAGGGUCGCGAGCAUGCUGGAGCCUAUCCCAGCUAUCUUCGCGCGAGAGGCAGUGUAAACUGGUCACCAACCAAUCGCAGGGCACAUAUGAACAAACAACCAUUCACACGGGCAAUUUAGAGUCUCCAAUUCAUGCAUGUUUUUGGGAUGUGGGAGGAAACCGGAGUGCCCGGAGAAAACCCAAGCAGGCACGGGGAGAACAUGCAAACUCCACACGGGCGGGGCCGGGGAUUGAACCCCUGUCCUCAGAACUGUGAGGCAAACGCUCUAACCAGUUGCACACCGUGCCACCCCAAAAAAGAAUAAAUACUGUAAAUAUUUUAGACAAUUAAUUGCACAGUAUCUCGACAACGCAAAAUAUCCGCAAAGUUUGACCUGUAGUAAGUAAGUAGUGAACGUCCAUUACCAACUACUACAGCAAUCGAAAUGAGGAAAAAAGUGCUUUUAUUGAUUUUUGGUGUGUAUUUGUGAUGAUAUAUUUUUUUAUUUUUUUAUUGCACACAGUUUAACAAAAAUGCAAGAUAUCCGCAAAAUUUGACCUGCAGUUAAGUAGUGGACUCCCAUUGCCAACUACUGCAGCAAACAGAUUGAAAAAACAAACAAACAAACAAAGCAAACAUAUUUUGUUUGCUAUAAUGGUGAUUUGUUGAGAAAAGUGUUAUUCAUGAUUUUUAGUAAAUAUUUUUGACAAUUAAUUGCACACAGUUUAAUCAAAAUGCUAAAUAUCAGCAACGUUUGACCUGUUGUCAGCAAUGGACUCCCAUUGCCAACUACUACAGCAAACAGAUUGAAAAACAAACAAACAAACAAACAAACAUCUUUUGUUUGCUAUAUCAUGGUAAUUUGUUACACAUUUCUCUCGCUGUGUAACUGCAGCAGCUGUAGAGGCACACACCAAAACAUCCCCGCCCCCAAAGAUCCCAUUUUAAAAAGGCCAUAACACUUGCCCAUGCCAGGACCCUGGUUGGCAACUUGGCAUCCCUAACCCAUGUGACGUGGAUUUAACCAAUGGCAGACGAGUGCGGUGACUGACUUUAUUUUCUACGGCAUUGACUAUUUUUCAUUUCAAAAUUAUUCGACCCUAGUGAGGAUAAGCGGUACGGAGAAUGAUUCGAUUUUGAAAAAAAUAAAAAUAAAAUAAUACAUUUUAAAAAUGACAGACCAACAAGUUUGGUUCAUACGGAUACUAGUUUUAUUUGGUGUAUUUACAAACAAGCACAUGCAGGAAGUGGACAGUGACAGGGACACUAUUGUGCAGCAAUCAUAGUAAUAGGACACAGGGCAGGUCUACAGGCUACAUGACACCAGAGACGAGGAGGGGGGAGCUACUGACUUACUACCCAUGGUUGCACUCCCACAGGCUGUGCUUUCCCUGACAUGAACACGUACCCUCACAGCUUUCACAACCCAGGAAUUGGACUCAGAAAGAGCAAUAAAUAGUACAUCCAAGAAAGAAAUAACGUGCAAACGAAUGCAUGGCGCUCAUUACCUCACAUUG